AUGGCACCUGUGCGCAGAUACUUGAGAAUAUCAAAGUAUUCGGUUCUCGAAUGUCGCAUCUAUUUGGAUAAUCCCUCUCUGGCCCAGUCUUGGCUCUUGAACCCCGUCAAGCCUGUGCUGCCGCGCAUCAUUGAAUGCGUCCGCCCGUUGGUGCUCCCAAAACUACGUGAAGAGAGAGAACGAAGCAACAAGAAGAGCUCCAAAAAAAGGAGUGUCAAGGACGUCAUUGUUCGAGAAGACUUUGAAGUGUCUGUUUUCCUGACCGAGACGUCCACUCGCCACUCGCUGCUCACAAAGCAGAAGCACUUUCGGGAAAAAGGACCUGGGCUGAUGCAGUCCAACUCUGCGAAGCUGAUUAGGGAGACGAACCACGUCCCCGUUGACGUUGACCGGGUGCAAACCGAAGCUCUGGUGAUUCGCGAGGAGAAUGGCGAAGAAGACGACGUGCAGCUAUCCGAAAUCCCACCAGCCAGUGCACAAAAGCGCCGUCGAGGGCACGGAAAAAACCAAGACUCUGACUCUGAUGCCCAUGCUCCCGACACGAAUCGUGAGCAAGAUGGCCACAUUGACCUCGACGCGGACGGGGACGAACGGCGCCCAAAACGGCCGCGCGUGCCAGACGUCCUCGAAAACGAUGACAGCCUCGACGAGGAAGACGAUAAGAAGAAGCUAACUAUGGACGUAUCUUACCAAGGAUUCGCCAUCUAUGGUCGAGUUCUUUGUCUUGUGGUCCGUAAAACAGGGAACAAGACUCGGCCCAACCAGCAAAAUGCGAAUGCUGCGUCUGGAGGGCAAGCCAGCAUGGAGAACUGGAUCACGUCAACGCAGAUUCCAAUGGGCCAAGAGUCUGAGUGA